GGCAGUCUGACAGCAGGGCUGCAGAGGAGUGAGCAGGCAUCUCAGCCUGCACCGUCUUCAGCAUCUCGCCCAGCUCUCUCCCAUGGACCCAUCCUUGUUACCUUGACUGUUGGAUUCUUAUCUGACAGACUGAAUUUUAAGACAUUCCUGAAUCCAUUUAUCUGCCCCAGCGUGCUCCCGACUACCCAGCAGCCAUGAGAAGCACCAGAAUGAAUCUGCUGGUGGGCUGCGUGCUCCUUUGUUCCGCCUCCUUGCUCUACUUGGGCAUGAGUGGAAUAGACUGCCCUAGAAAAAGUCACCGCCAUCGUUGGAUGGAGCUUAAUCUGGGCUCUGGCAAUCAGAGCUUGCCCCUAACUGAACACCUCCCUGAAGACACGCCCAUCAUCUUCAUCGGGGGCUUCCCCAGAAGCGGCACUACGCUGAUGCGCGUCAUGCUGGACGCCCACAACGCUGUGAGGUGUGGAGAGGAGACCCGGGUGAUUCCUCGGCUCUUGGCCAUGAAGGCUACUUGGAGUCGUUCGGUUAAGGAGAAGAUUCGACUGGAUGAAGCCGGCGUCACUGACCAGGUGUUGGACUCGGCUGUGCGAGCCUUUCUGCUAGAGAUCAUAGUUGGCCACGGGGAGCCUGCACCGCGCCUUUGCAACAAGGACCCAUUCACAUUGAAGUCUCUGUCUUAUUUGGCUCGCAUCUUUCCCAAGGCAAAAUUUAUUCUUAUGCUUCGAGAUGGACGGGCAACGGUUCAUUCCAUGAUAUCACGCAAGGUGACCAUCUCGGGGUUUGACCUGACGAGCUACAGAGACUGUCUGACUAAGUGGAGCAGCGCUGUAGAGACCAUGUUCACCCAGUGCCAGGCAGCUGGAGUCUCCAAAUGCCUCCCUGUCCAAUACGAGCAGCUCGUUCUUCACCCCGAGCAGGAAAUGAAAAAGUUGCUGAAUUUCCUGGAGCUGCAGUGGGACCAGUCAGUGUUGCACCACGAAGAGCUGAUUGGAAAGGCUGGUGGCGUGUCUCUGUCCAAGGUUGAGCGUUCAACGGACCAGGUCAUGAAGCCAGUGAACACAGAAGCCCUCUCUAAGUGGGUUGGGAACAUCCCCCCCGACGUGAUCAAUGACAUGGCAGAAAUUGCCCCGAUGCUUGCUCGCCUGGGCUAUGACCCUCACGCCAACCCCCCCGACUACAAUAAAAUAGAGCCCCUCGUUUCGCCCCUCAACUACUCACAGAGAGUGAAAACAGCCGACUCUCCUCACCCCAGUUAAGCGUGACUCCUUUGUUCCACCAUAUGGACGCACCUUAAACACCAACUUCCAUCUCAGCCGUAAUUACACCUCCCAGGAGACCUUGGUGUU